UACACCUGUGUAACUGCGCUCGCGGGAGGAGGACGUGCACCUGCUGCUCCAGGGACAUGUCUCACGGACUCGUUACUUGUGAGUUAAUAUGCUCAUCGGAGGAGCAGGACAGACUCCAGAAGCCCCUGGAAAACGCGAUUAUGGCGGGUGACCAGCCGAUUUUCACCGUUUUAAGCGACGUGGAGCUGAAGGGGGAGGGACACCCGGAGGGGACAGGUGCCGCGCGCACAGCGGCCUCGGACAACGAGUCCGGGAUCUUCUCCGGGGAAUGUGAGCUCUGUGAGGAGCACCAGGCCGAGCUGGACUGGUUCUGUGCGUCUGAACAGAAGCUCAUCUGCUCCCACUGCGCCAUCGUGGGCCCGUGCCGUGGACACGCGGUCACUCCUCUGUCCACCAGAGUGUCCACUGUCAGGGUAUGUGAGAAUCAGCUGGUGGAUGUGUGUGAGAAAAUACAGCUGCAGGCUCUGAGGAUCGAACGUUUCAUCGAACACACUUUGACGGACAAAGAACAAAAGCUGCAGGCCGCCGCAAGUCGCGCACGUGAGCAGGUGUUGGCCCAGGUGAGUGCAGCCCGUGAGGCUCUGGAGGAAGAGGAGCAGCGGCUUCUGGAGGAGGUGCAGAGGGAGGAGGAGCGGGUGGAGCAGUGUCUCCUGACUCAACAGGCCCACUGGAAGCAGGCCUUGGCCAAUCUGUCCCAAACGCGCUCUCGUUUGGUGCACACGCUCACGCACACUCCAGACUCACAGCUCGCGACCUCUGCCCAGGAGAUAGGAGAGCGAGUGGAGGAGGCAGAGGGAGUCGGGGAGCCCUGUGACACGGAGCAGCUCAACCUGAACCCCACCUGCAGCGACAGUAGACUCCUCAGAGGUCUGUGGGCCACUGCAGUGCUGCUCGGACAAAAUGCUCACAGAACCUCCUAUUUCAAGUUUGAUGAACGCACCGUCGGCCCUCUCCUGACGCUGUCUCAGGACCUCUUCACUCUGACUUUCACUAACAAAAAGUCCCGUCAGCCCUGUGCGUACGACCCCGCUCGCUUUGACAGCUGGCCCAACGCUCUGGGCUCCCAGGCUCUGUCCUCGGGCACACACUGCUGGGUCGUGGACGUGGGUCAGAGCGCGGCCUUUAAGGUUGGAGUCUGCUAUGCAAGUUUAGAGCGCAAAGGCUCAGGGAACGGGGCGCGGCUGGGGUAUAACAGUCAGUCCUGGGUGCUGUCGAACUACGAUGGGGACUAUUCGUUUUGUCACGCUGAGAAAAAAGUGCCCCUGCAGGUCGUGAAGAAACCCCAGAAGAUCGGGGUGCUGCUGGACUGGCCCAGUCAGACUCUGCUGUUUUACGAGCCGGACUCAAACGCUAUUCUGUACUCAAUAACACAGACCUUUACGGCUCCACUGCUGCCGGCCUGUGCUGUCACUGACCAGAGCAUCACCAUAGUGCACAAGUGAAAAACUCUGAAAAACAGACUCUUGAAUGUAGAGAAGUCCUGCUCCAUUUGUUUCAAUGUUAGACGUAUUUAUUUAGUGUUGUUACUUUAUUCUUUACUUUUUAAACAGUGACAUUGUGUAUUUUGUUUUUAGAUUAGCAUGAAAAUAACUUUACUGUAGAGCUAAA